ACAUUCCUGGCCGCACUGCGCAUGCUCUCUACAUCCUCUCCAUCCACACGUCGAAGGACUUGAAACCUCGAAUAAAGAUGCUCAACGUCUCGGGUCCCUGGAGCCUUGUCACCGGGUGAAAUUUGACUUAUCUGAAAGGUCGCACAGACUCAGAGACGAGACGCAGAAGGACGACAUCGUUUCUCGGUUUCGGCGCGCGUGCACUCCACCGACAUGGAACUGAAGAAAUCUAUAUCGGACACCGAGCGCGCGCUCAGGAGCUACGGAGCUGUGUCGGAAACGGCGUGGACAACGGACAAAGGUCACUCAGAUGUGUCAAUGGCAGAGAGCACGAUGUCUCCAGAGGAGAUCGAGGUGGAGAUGGCUCGUAUCCAACGCCUGCGGGAAGUCCUGGUGCGCAGAGAGUCAGAGCUGCGCUUCAUGAUGGAUGACAUUCAGCUCUGCAAAGACAUCAUGAGUUUAAAGCAGGAGCUAAGGCAGAUUGUCGCAGUACCAGAGAAAGAAAAAACCAAGAAGCACAGGCAGCGAGAAGAGGAACUGAUCCUGAAGAUCCAUAAACUGGUGCAGAAGAGGGAUUUUCUGGUCGACGAUGCCGAGGUGGAGAGAUUAAGGGAGAAGGAGGAGGACAAAGAGAUGGCGGAGUUCCUCAGGCUGAAGCUGAUGCCUCUGGAACAGAAGCUCAAAGUCACACAGAAUCCUCCAAAGCCCAAGAGACAAAUCCCUGAGCCGCCUCCCAACAAGCCAUCCAUCACCAAGUCAGGAGCGGCCAUCAUUAAGGACUGCUGCGGAGCCACCCAGUGUGCUGUAAUGUAACUGACCCAAACCUGCUUAUGGCCCCGACCCUGUGUCAGACACCGCACUCACAUCACACGACAUGACGUACAUCACUUCCUGUUACUCGGAGAGUCACAGUCAACCACGAAACUGUUCAGGUAUCAGAUUCGUAGCUUAGUUUGCAAGAGGUUGGGAGCUGAUCCCCGGUCGGUAUUUAAGGGAAACUUUUAUAGUAAGGAGCUUUUAACCAAGACCAUGAAAUAAAGGGAAAGGAAGCUGUGAAGAGAACUGUAAAUAAAAACUAUGUUGAAAGUGUUGAUUUAUUUAUUCAGUCAGUUUUCAGAUUGGUUAAUUCCAUCAUGACAGGUUCAAUGAGGAUGGAUCUCAUCUGCAGAGCUACAAGCACAAUGUCCAUAAAGUGAACUGAAUGCUGGGGUUCUCUGACAGGAAGAGAAAAGCUGAUGUCUGACGACGGGUAUUCAUUCAUUUAGUGCUUAAAAUCCAACCAGUGAAUCUCUCAGUUGCUACAUUUUUAUCAUUUUCCCCAGGUGGGACAAACACAAGUGGCUCUGAAAAACAAUAUGGCUCCCUGCCAAGGGACUUAUGCAAACUGAUUUAUAUAUGCUAAUGAGGAGAGGGAGCCAGUGGAUGAUUUUUUCUACAAGUGCUGAGCAAUAUUAUCAAACAGCAGUUUAAUUCUUAAGGCAUUUACAAGUUAAACAAAGACUUAAUGCUGAACAAACUAAGUUGCCUCUUUUCCACUGACGUGCUGCCAGUGCCCGUGUUGAACUGGUUCUGUAUGACAGAGACUGAAGUCAGUGCCAAAAAUCUGAUACAAUACUGUUGCCAAGCCGGAAGUUGAAACCACUAACAUCAGGGUGGAGAUACAAGAAAUAUAGAGAUUAUUCACCUGCAGAUUCUGUCCACAGUACCCCCCACCGCACUGAAAUUACUCCAACCUUUGCUAUAUAGCAUCCGGUUCAUUCUCAAACCUGUGGAAAUGUCAGCUGGUUCGCAAAGGCUCUAUGCAGCACGGCAUCAGUGGAAACCAGAUUAAAAAUGAGCUUAUAUUGGGCUCAGUGCUAGUUAGCAAUGUGCGUCCUAUAGGAGAGGUCCAAUUAUGUUUCUAGAAGUCUUCAAAAGGACAGUUUUCUCUAUCCAAUCUGGAGUGAGAUCAGAGAAUCAUCAAAAGAAAACUCUUGUAUAUCAGAACAACAUUUAAAUGAAAAUAUGAUGGGAGAAAAGUUUACAAUUCAUUUUGAGAUAAAAAAAAAAUCCAUUUACAUCUUGAGGUGUUCUGGGGAGUCCUCUAAAUCAAAUGUUAUAGAUUGUAGUAGAAUAAAACUGGAACAAAAAUGCAUCUAAACUUUUUCCAACACAAUUUAUAGAGAGUGCCAACUAGCAUCCAGCCUAAUGACUCACCUUUAUAGUUUUCAGGAACCCCUUUCAUGAUGACUUUAAUGCCUGUAUAUGCCAACACUUGAUCUUCCAUCAUCACAUUUACCCUCCUCCCCAAAUCAGCACAUCAGAGGCCAUAUUAAGAUCUGCAUCAUCAGCUGCCAGGAAGUGUUCACUGUGGUAGUGAGACAUCAUUCAUCAUCAUUCUGGAUAUUGCAGAGAAACAACAUGCAUCCUUUGAACUUAAGUCUUGCGUUUUUAAAAUGAUAAACUCCAGGAAAUGAAUGCAACUCUGCUGUAAAUGCCUCCAAUAGAUGGUGUGUGUUUGAGUGUAUUUAGGACUUUAGUGUGACUCAUGUCAAGCAAAGUGUUGCUCUCUGUCACUUUACCUUUGUUCUGAUAACUUAGCAUUCUGUAGUUGUAGUGGAUUUAUGAAGGUCCUAAUGUCAAAGUAUUGAACAAAUAUGCAGAAAAUAAGCUGAAACUACCUGUACAUAUAUGUUUAAAUAAAGAGCAUCUUUCAGGAA